AUGUUUGAAGAGGACCAUCGGACGGGCAAGAUUAUCUUAUCACGAAUUACGGCUGUCACGGAGGCAGAAUCAAUCCUGAAGAGUCGACCGUUAUCAUAUGUGUCCUCGGAAGAUGUUGACGAACCCUUAGCCCCAGCCCACCUUAUGAUCGGAAGACGAAUCCUAACUUUACCUGAUUGGCACCGAGAAAAUCCGGAGGAUGAAGAUUUUCAAGUUGACCUAUCGACGGAUGAUCUCAACAAAAGAGUAUGUUAUCUCGAUGACAUUAUUGAACACUUCUGGAGAAGAUGGAGAAAGGAAUAUUUGGUAGAACUGAGAAACACGCAUGCGGGUAAGAGUCCUAAGAAGGCAGUAGAGAAGUCUCCUGUGAAGGUUGGAGACAUAGUACUAGUUCACGACGAGAACCAUCCACGGAGUUUCUGGAGAAUCGGUAGAAUAAAGGAGCUUGUCAACAGCGCAGAAGGUGAUGGAAAAUCGAGAGGUGCUGUUGUACGAGUCAUAAGCAAGAAAGGCAGGGUGACUACAUUAAGGCGCCCAUUACAACUGCUGUAUCCUAUGGAAAUAAACUGCAAACUUGCAAGGGACGUAAUACAAUCGGGGCAAGAGGACGGUGAUCAGGAGCCAAAGGAGACUGCAAGACAAAGAAGAAAGGCAGCUAUUGCAGGUGAACUGUUAACAAGACAGUGGAUUGAAGAUUUGAACAAGAGUUAG